AUGGACGAUUACAUGGUAAAUAUGUAUAUUUUCAUGGUUUAAGUUUCUGCCUCAACAAUUAACCUCAAUGUAGUUUUCUGACAGACAUAAUAUCAAGGGGCCUGCAAUGGUUACAACAUAAAAACGUGCCCAUUUGUUACAGCAUAGUAGUUUGUUUUUAUUUAUUUAUUUACUCGCUCAUUUGCAUUAACAUGUAAAAAAUAAACAUUGUUUUUAAGAUUUUGGAUGCAAUGUGCCCCGGAUGCUUUGGGACAGUUCUAUUUGUGAAGAAAAAAAAGUCUGAUCUGGAGUUUACACUAAAGAAGGUAACUUUAUACUGUACUGUAGUGGGCGCACAUUUCAUUCAUUUUCUAAGGAUUUUCAUUGGUUCUUUUUGGAAUAGAUGCUGACAUUCUGAUAUAAUUCUGCCCCCCACAGGUUGAGUGUUUGGAUGAAGGCAGAGCCAACCAAGCAUACCAGGAGGUGAGAUUCUGUAGGCCUCUCACAAAACUAGUAUUGAUACUAUGCAAAGUUACUUAUUAAUAAUCUACCUUGCGGUAGUGUGAUAGUAGUACGCCUAGUAUAUGUCAGCUACUUGAUUCAUAUGUCACCAUCUGGCUAUUCCAUCUGAUAGGCCUAUCUGUUGACGUUUUGGUACACACUGUCACCGUGGUCCAUCAAAGUAAUAUGUUAUUUCCAUCAGGCUCAUUGUCUGCUGAAUGUGAGACAUCCCAACAUCGUCACGUAUAAGAAGUUAUUCAUUUUUUGGGAUGAAAGUGUAAGUUGGUUAUUUACAGAAUAAGUACAUGUCCUGUACAUGACACAUAGGGCAGUAACAGAAAGGCCAGUAACAGAAAGGUUGCUGGUUUAAAUCCCCGAGCCGACUAGGUGAAAAAUCUGUCAAUGUGCCCUUGAGCAAGGCACUUAACCCUGCUCCUGUAAGUUGCUCUGGAUGAGAGCGUCUGCUAAAUGACUAAAAUUUAAAAAUGUUAAAUCAUGAAUGUCAGUCUCACUGAAACAUUUUGCCUUCUCAGGUAUCUUCUGUCUUUCUUUCAAUGGUAAUGGACUGCCCAUACAUGACCACCCUGUCCACUGUGGUAACUUAUCACAGAGAGGAGGAAAAGAAGAUCACCAAAAAGGUCAUCAACAACUCAAUAGAUUUUUCCAUCACUAGUUGAACAAGUAUAAAUGCAUACUGUAUGUUAUCAACCCCUUAAGCAUUGAGGGCAAUGAGUGUUGUUUUCCAACCAGGUCAUCAAGACAUUUUUGGGACAAAUGGUGGAUGCUUUGGCCUACUUGCACAAACGGAGUAUUGCACACAGGUAACAUGCCCCUCACAUUGAAAUGUACUGCCAGGCAAGCCUGUAUAGUUUGCAUGAAUGAAUAGCCUAUGGUAUCACAAUUCAGGUGUUAUGUGGUUUAUAAAAAUAAUAAUUUCGGAGUACAAUUUCUCAUUUUUUUGUAGGAAUUUGAAGCCAUCAAAUAUUCUGAUGACAAAAGAGGCCAAGUUUGUCAUAUUUGAUUUUGGAACUGCCUCCAUCACAGGAGAUCGAGUAAAGCUACAGAAAAGAGUAAAGGACUGUAUGUGUGGAACAGUUCUUUACUUUAUUUGAUUACAUUGAAUUAUUUUGUAAUUAGAAACAGUACAAUUCACUUUGUUUGCCAUUUACUGUAUCUCUAUAGGUGCCAAACGAUGGAUGGCUCCAGAGAGCCUGACCCAUCAUCAGUCGACUGAGAAGUCCGACAUUUGGUCCCUGGGGUGUGUCCUUCUCGACAUGCUGACCUGUCACAUGCUUGAUGUACGUCUGUAUCAUUGACUAGUUACUUCUCAUUUACCAUAGAGGUGGGAUUGAUAUGUAGAGCAGCGUUUCCCAAACCGCUCUCCUCGAGUAUGCCAUCUAUGUACUGUAAAUCAUUUAAUCUAUUCCAGUACUACUGGGGUCGGCAAGUAGCCUAGCGGUUAGAGCGUUGGGACAGUAACUCUAAAUUUGCUUGUUCAGAUCUCUGCGUUGGCAAGGUGGGAAAAUCUGCCAUUCUGACUUUGCGCAUGGCAGUUAACCCCCACAACAACUGCUCCCUGUGUGCCGAUGACAUGGAUGUCAAUUAAGGCAGCCCCCCGCACCUCUCUGAUUCAGAGGGGUUGAGUUAAAUGCGGAAGACACAUUUUCGUUGAAUGCAUUCAGUUGUGCAACUGGCUAGGUAUCCCCUUCACCUACUAGCACACCUGGUUUGACUAGUUUAAUAAGGUGUGCUGAAAUGAAUCAAAGAAGUGGGAAGGCUGAGGGUACUAGAAGAGAGGUUUGAGAAACACUACUGAUUGUCGUAGUCACUAGGCACCAAACAGAAGAAAGCGGACUGAAACAGGGAACUUGUUCCUCCCAAAAAAUGUGUGGACUAAUGAAUAAGACCCUGAUCUCCCAUCCACAGGCGGAGGGAUCUAUCUCUCAGCUGCUGAGGAUCAGAGAGGACCAGACACCACUGGACGUCAUCGUCCUCAAGGGCCUCCACCAAGUCCUCACUAUGAUGUUGGACCACAACCCAAAGACCAGGACCAGCGUGUGGUGAGUAGUGUAGUAGCCCUUUAGCAGGGGUGUCAAACUCAUUCCACGGAGGGCUGCGUGUCUGCAGGUUUUUUUUUUUCAUUUCAAUUAAGACUUAUACAACCAGGUGUGGGGAUUUCCUUACUCAUUAGUGACCUUAAUUCAUCAAUCAAGUACAAGGGUGGAUUGAAAAACCCGCAGAUACAGAUAUGUGCCCUAGACUGUCAGCUGUCACAGUUUGGUUGAAGUCUGGUUGAGCUCUCGUCACAGAGACAUUCCAAGGUUGAAGUCUGGUUGAGCUCUCGUCACAGAGACAUUCCAAGGUUGAAGUCUGGUUGAGCUCUCGUCACAGAGACAUUCCAAGGUUGAAGUCUGGUUGAACUCUCGUCACAGAGAUAUUCCAAGGUUGAAGUCUGAUUGAGCUCUUAUUUACAUCAUUUAGCAGACGCUCUUAUCCAGAGCGACUUACAAAUUCAUCAGAGACAUUUCAAUGUAUGUAUUGUACUUAUUAAUGGCAAUAAAUAUAAUUUGAACUUUAUAGGUACAGGGGGCAAUAGGAUGGGAAAAGGAAUAGUGUUAUGCUCUCCCUCCACUAAUGUCUCGUGAACAGACUACGUAAACAUAAAUGGUACCGUCUGACAAAAUUACAUAAUAUUUUAGUUCUGGGUUAACUGAGAUGAUCUCUCCACUAAAGGGAACUGUUGAAUGAGGAUCUGGUGAAGCAGUGUCUGCUGUUGUGUGGAUCCCCUCUACACACCAUGAAGAAAACACUGCCCCCUGGUGUCCAUGGUCCACCAUUCCACCAAGGCUUUGACAGUGUUCUAGGUCAGUAUUUCCUUUUACUGUCCUCCUUCAUUCCCUAAUGGUUUUAUUACAAUUAUGUAUGUAUGUAUGUAUUUAUGUGUGUUUUUGCACAAUACUGUGAAUGAAUGUACGUGUCUAAAUUACUGCAGAUGUUAAUCCCUAUAGCCUACUUGUCCUUUAUUAAGAGUUUGCGGUUGUGUUCUGACGAAUAGUGGUAAAUUGUAAUUGAAAUUAUCUUUACAUUUGCAGAGUUCAUGCAGACCUACAGAGAUGUGGAAUCUGUCCAGAUGUCAGCUCUGUCAUACCUGCUGUCUGAGGAGAAGAACGGUAAGGCUGUUUACUUUGCUCAUAUGGGCGAUAUGAUCUUUAAAAUAAUUCUCAUACAAAUCCUAACCUAGUACCAGAUCUGUUUGUGCUGUAUAGGUAACUCAUGGUCCUUGUCAUGCCAAACAAUCAGAUCUGGGACCAGGAUAUUACAAUUGUUCCUCUAGAAAAACAUGCCCUCUACGUUAACUUUGAAUUGUUAUGGUAGUAUUCUACAGGGUAACUGACGUUGUUAUGGCCGUCACCACUGCCAUGCAAAGUCACAUGGAAUGUGCAGGUGUUCAGCAAUAUGCUUGCCAGGUUCUACAACAGCGUUUAAUUGCAAGUAGGUCAACACUUGGGGUGGGUUGCACCAAUGUGGGUUAGAUUCCUCUGCCAUGUUGGUGUUAGGUUUGGUUGUAUAGACAACAAGGUUGUCAUCUCUCUGCAAUACCCUUGCAGUUCUGGGCCAAGCUGGGGAUGGCUCCUGUUUGCGUACCAAGGAAGUGAUCACCUGUGUCCUGAAUGCUGUGCACAGUCACCCUGAGCAAACACCGCUGCUCUCUCAUGCCUUUCAGCUUCUCUUCUGUAUCUCCGGGGAUGGUCAGUAGUACUUUAAUAACAAUCUACCAUUUUCGAUUCAGAUUACCGGAUUGUUCCAAAUGCACAGUGGCAACAUGUGCUAAUACAUUCUUUACUUGGGGGUGCAAAUGUAGUCUGUGUACCAGUCUGUUUAGCUAUCAUUCCACUCAUUUCCACUCCUUGUCAUGCUAAACAUGACUUUGACAUAUGUCACGGAGUACUUGGAGUGAAAUAUUAGCUAAACAGUCUGGUACCCAGGCUAGUGCAAAUGGGGGUGCUAAUCCUAAUGUUGAGGGUACUUCAGCACUGGCAAGCCCCUCCCUGGAGCUGCCCCUGCAAGUGUUGUUUUAUCUCCCUUUCAUCAGAGCAGGCAGCCAGAGAAGUGCUGUACCUGGACGGUAUCAGAGAGGUGCUGAACACACUGAGGAAGUUUCCAGAGGAUCAUAACAUCGUCGUGCCCUGUUGCAAAUGCUUAUGGAGCAUAUUGGCACAAAGUGAGCGCUGUCAUUGUGUAAAUGGAAUGAUCUGCAAUUUCUUGAUAAUUUGCACACGCCAUAAGCUCUACCACCAGCCCAAGUGUUGUAUGUGUGAACAGCAUAUUGUGCUUUUCCAGGACUUUGCCUUGGAGUUGUACCUUUAAAAGAUGCUGUGGAGGCUGUAUGUGUGGCAGCAGAGGCACACAUGCAGGACAGCACGGUGAUGGAGUUUGUGUGUGCAGCCCUGUGGUCCCUGACCCUACAAGGUAGGCUAAGACCUUCAGAAUAUUAAGGACGCUUUCACAUAUCCUCUUAUGGCCCGGAUCCUGGAGUGUUUGGUACCCAGAUCCACGCUAUGAAGCAUGUGUGAAACGCAAACGAACCCUGGCUGAAACAAAUCCUGGACCUGCUUGAGUAGCGGGUCCAAGAUCCAGGACCAGAGUACCAGAUAUUGUGACACGGCAGUGCGAGUUGCAUGAAUUGUUUUGCCCGUUGCGAUGGACCAAACCAAAAUAUACAAAACUUUUACAAUCGGGUGUAUUAAAUAAAAAAUAUUUACAAUAUAGAUAUCCAAAAAAAUUUGUACACCGAAAAAUAACAUUAGCUAUGCAGCUGUAAUUAAAUAAAGAAAACACAUUGAAUUAUUAUUAUUAUUAUUAUUAUUAUUAUUAUUAACUUAUUAACAUCCCCUCUUGACCUGGCCUACUUGAACUGUCCUUGUGUGCAACUUGGUGCAUAAUCUAGGGGAACAACAUCACACUACUACACUAGCUUGCUAACAUCAUGUAGAAUGUGCAUCUUACUAAUUGCACCAUGAAACUAUUAUUUUCAGGUCUUGUGAAAGCAAAAUGUAUUCUAUAGAAUUCUCACAAACGCUCCAGGAAACCGAACCAGGGUACUGAAUUUCAUAUGUGAAAACGCCUAGUUUCUACAGCUUGUCUUUGCGCACCAACACACCCAAAUGAUUGAUUAAUCACCUCGAUUGAUUGAUUGAUUGACUGACUGAUUGGUGGAUUCUCCGCUGAUAGGUUUAUCUGAAGACCAGAACAUUGAGGAUUCCACCCUUCUGUUGAUGCACGCACUCCAAGCACAUUUAAGGCAUAGCCAUGUGGUGAAGUAUGCAUUUCUUGCUCUGGACAGUCUUGUCAAAAGCUCAGGUGAGUCAACAUAAACAUUGAGACUGCAUAUCAGAAUAUAUGAGAACUGUCCCUGUUCCUACAUUCCUUUUAGAGUUGGCUGCUUUCAGGCUUCUCCUCGCCCCCAAUGGAGGAAGUGGAUUAGUUAUUCUCAAGGAAGCAAAACUCCAACACCAUGACAACCCAGAGAUCAUAGGGAACUUC